AUGGUAACUGACUGGUAUCCUUCGCUGUGCCAGGUGACAGCAUUUGACAGUGUCGAUGAUGAGUCGAAGACAGACGAGGGAUUCUUCCCUGAACUGCCCCUCCCGGCCGACUGGACCUCCAAGAAGAACCCGCCCUACAGUUACUAUCAGUACUAUAUGUACAGUAACAUCACCGUUCUGAAUCACCUGCGCAGGGAGCGAGGAAUGAACACCUUCCUAUACCGGCCGCACUGCGGGGAGGCAGGCUCACACACCCACCUGGUCGAUGGCUUCCUGACAGCGGACAAUAUCUCUCACGGCCUCCGUCUCAAAAAGGACCCCGCUCUCCAGUACCUGUACUACCUGGCUCAGAUCCCGAUCGCCAUGUCACCCCUUAGCAAUAACAGCCUGUUCCUGGAGUACGGCCAGAGCCCCUUCUACCAGCUCUUCCAGACGGGUCUGGUGCUCUCACUCUCCACUGACGACCCCCUGCUAUUCCACUUCACCAAGGUUAGUGUCAGGGGUCUGG